GUUUUCGGUAAGUCAUCUUAUCUUUUAGAAGUUACAAGUGUUAAUCUUGUUUUUCUUUAUCUUUUAUCCUUCAUCUGGGUAAUUCAUUGGUUAAUCUUGGCAAUUAGAGGAAUUUGGUGGGCUUAUCUUUUAAAUUUUGAUAGUUGUUGGGUGUUAAAAAUGUCGGUUGUUCUGAAGAGUGAUUCAGUUCACAUUAGAGAAGUUUGGGAAGAAAAUCUGGAGCAAGAAUUUGGUUUAAUUCGUGAUAUAGUUGAUGCAUACCCUUUUGUUGCUAUGGAUACUGAGUUUCCUGGUAUUGUUCUUCGUGCUGUUGGAGAAUUUGAGAAUAACACUGAUUUUAAUUACAGAACUCUCAAAGAUAAUGUUGACAUGUUGAAAUUGAUUCAGUUAGGUCUUACGUUUUCUGAUGAACAAGGAAACUUACCCACUUGUGGAACUGAACAAUUUUGCAUUUGGCAAUUCAAUUUUUGUGAAUUUAACCUCAAUGAGGAUGUUUUUGCCCAUGAUUCUAUUCAGCUUCUUCGACAAAGUGGCAUCGAUUUUCAGAAGAACAACGAUAGAGGCAUUAAUGCCCUUAGGUUUGGGGAGCUUUUGAUGUCAUCUGGGGUUGUUUUGAAUGAUAAUGUCCAUUGGAUAACUUUCCAUAGUGGUUAUGAUUUUGGAUACUUGCUUAAGCUCUUGACAUGCCAGAACCUCCCGGACACGCAACGAGAAUUCUUUCACCUCAUUAACAUGUAUUUUCCUACUCUUUAUGAUAUUAAGCAUUUGAUGAAGUUCUGUAAUAGCUUACAUGGUGGGUUGAACAAGCUUGCUGAGUUGUUGGAGGUCGAGAGGAUUGGCGUCAGUCACCAGGCUGGUUCUGAUAGUUUGCUUACAUCUUGUACCUUCAGGAAGUUGAAGGAUAAUUUCUUUAGCGGUUCUAUGGAGAAAUAUGCUGGUGUUUUGUAUGGACUAGGUUCUGAUAAUGGACAAAGUGGUCACUGAAAUAUAGCAAAGCAAACUGUAAAAGUACAAUGGAGAGCAGUUCCUAAUUUUGUGUUAUGUAGCCAUGUCUGUGUACUCUUGGUAAAAGCAGUGUUAUAAUCAAUUUUUGAUUGAUGGUAAUUUGUCA